AUGCUUGCGGCAGACUGUGGCGUGACUGCCGAGACGGAGGAGAUCGACACGGUCAAGGAUGCUCUGGUGGCGUUUUGUGAGAAGCGGGCGGCUUCGGAGGUCGAGGGAGUGACCCUGUCUAGGGAUGAUUGGAUUGAGGUUGCCAGCUCGUGUCUGAGUCACAACUUUGCGGCCAGCCUGUCCGUGGCUGGAUUUGUGGACUUCAUGCUCACUACUGCAGCGCGGGAGGCUCAGGCCAAGGCUGAGCUGGAAGCGCAGAUUGCGGACAAGGAUGCCGAGAUUGCGGACAAGGAUGCCGAGAUUGCGGACAAGGAUGCCGAGAUUGCGGAGCUCAAGGCGAUGUCACAGGUGUCCCCGACGUCGAGACUCGAGGUGCCGUACUUGAAGCCAGUGCGGGCCAAACACUUUGCGGGCGUUGUGCCGACCGGUAGCCGCUGGGUUGCCUCGCCCGAGCUUCUUCUUGCGCCAAUGCUGAUGGGUGAAGUGGUGAUGGGUUUGCUCUCUCUUGGGACCAGCGGCACGGCCUCACUGGAAGUGCAGCAUCUGGAUGACAUCCCGGAUGCGUGGACAGGCUUUGUGGCAUCUGGCCUGCGUAAGGCGAACACGAUCGGAAGCACCGUAGUCUGCCACGAGCUCAUCAAGGCUACCUUACCGCUGUUUCGGGGGCUCAGCAACAACCACAAGGUCCAGUCGUUCUACAGAGGCUCGGUUGGCGUGGCAGCGCUCGAGUCAUCGUUGACUCAUCGAGUGUGCGAGGGUCUGGGUCACGUCUUUGCCAACCAGCAAGGGACACGGGCUGGGUUCCACUCGUCCAGCUCUCAAAGCACAUUCUCUGUGGCGUCACCUGUCAAGACCAACCCGAGCCACACGGACCGUGCACGUGCGAAGCGAACCGCAAGCUCUUCGUCACGUAGCCACGAGCCGCAGACGUCCGGGCUGUACAGCAGCGCAGCCCGGAUGAACAUUGGGCGGGAGAUUGCGGUCUCACAUGGGCAAGGUUGGGACGGGGUGAGACCAGUUGACACCCAGCUCAGCACCAAGGUGGAUGUGCUGUUUACGUUUGAGGAGAACGAGAUGGUGCUGCCAUUGGGACUGUGGGAGCCUGGAUUCGAUCCCAAAUCGGCCCAGUGUCCGAUCACCAUGCACAAGAGGAAGCAGGCCUACGGCUACGCGCACAACCUCACGCGGGCCUCAGCGGGCUUUCCACACACAAUGGCGCUCGUGGCGCUGCGGUCCGAGUACCCGACGCGGGCCAACAAGGCUCUGCAGGUGCGGACGAAAAUGGCAGUCGACGGCUAUGUGCUCCAGGCUGAAAAGUGCCGCGCGCUUAAGGCCAAGGCCACCGACGAUGAGCCUCGUCUGGUGCCUGCAGUGGCUUACGUGACGGUGGCGCACUUUGUGUCGCUGUUCAAAACUCUCCAAUGCAUGGACAACGACGGAGUGGCCCACCUCGACAUCCGCGACGCCAACUUGGUGUUUGGGGCCGACGGGAAGACACACGUCAUCGACUGGGAUCUGGCCGGCGUGUCUGGAGAGGCUGUGUAUCCGGUUGGGUUCAAUUGGGUCACCGACGGCAUGCGUGUCGAGUCGGUCAUGGAUGCUGUGGCCAAAAACGAGACCCCUACUGGCUACGCGUGGCACGACGUUGUGGGCGCGGGCGGGGUCAUGAAGCUGUACUCCUGCGAUUCAAAGGACAAUCGGACGGUCUGGAAAAAGGUGACCGAGACCCUGGUGAAUGUGGACGAUGCCUCGUCGGCGAGGUCAGCUUUGGCAGUUGCCAUUGAGGAGCUUAGCUCGAAGGAGAACGUUCGCUUGUGGUGCCUUGGGCGGGAGAAGACCGUCUUGGCAACUGACUCUCCUCCGCUCUCGCCCGAUGGAUCACCGGCUCGGGCGGCGGUGGGGUCGUCGUCAGCAGAGUCGUCGCCAGCUGGCUCAUCAUCGACCUAG